CAUAAUAAACUCCUCAAUUUAAGGAUAUUGCAGGAAGGUCCAAAUAUAUCCUCCCGCCCUCUAUUUUUUUCCUAGAGUCCACCGGGACAUGCAGUCCUUCCUAGGGGGCUAGUCCUCCUGGUGAUACAUUCUUUCACCACAGACUGAGACUACACUUCCCAAAAUGCCAUGCGUUCAUCUAGGUUGUAGGUGGCGGAACUAUGACUGACGAGCAAGAAAUAAUGUGCAAACUGGAAAGCAUAAAGGAAAUAAGAAAUAAAACACUACAGAUGGAAAAAAUUAAAGCCCGCCUUAAAGCAGAAUUUGAAGUCUUGGAGUCUGAAGAGAGGCAUCUAAAAGAAUACAAGCAGGAAAUGGACCUCUUGCUGCAGGAGAAGAUGGCCCAUGUAGAAGAGCUGAGACUGAUCCAUGCUGACAUCAAUGUGAUGGAAAAUACAAUCAAGCAAUCAGAAAAUGAUCUAAACAAAUUGUUAGAGUCAACCCGGCGCCUUCAUGAGGAGUACAAGCCCUUGAAGGAACAUGUGGAUGCCCUACGAAUGACCUUGGGAUUGCAGAGGCUACCAGAUCUGUGUGAGGAGGAAGAAAAACUUUCUCUCGAGAUUUGUCGACUGCUUUCUUUCAGCUACUUUGAGAAACAGAAAGCCGAGUGGCAGACAGAGCCACAGGAACCUCCUAUUCCAGAGUCGCUUGCUGCAGCUGCAGCUGCUGCACAGCAGCUACAGGUGGCGCGAAAACAAGACACACGACAAACGGCCACGUUUCGACAACAGCCUCCACCAAUGAAGGCUUGUCUGUCAUGUCACCAACAAAUCCAUCGUAAUGCACCCAUCUGUCCUCUUUGCAAAGCAAAAAGCCGAUCUCGUAAUCCCAAGAAGCCAAAGCGGAAGCAGGAUGAAUGAAGUGAGGAUGAGGGUGUUAAAAGAACCCUCCUAACACUUUACUGGAACUUUUUUCCAUGGCCAGUAUUAUUACAUUCGAAACUAAAGUAUUACUUACCCAGUGUUUUGUAUUUAAUGUGGUGUAAGCACAGCAUCCCAAGUCCUUGAAGGAGGCAUUGCUGUAUCUCAUGGUGUAAUUCACAUUCCCUCCAUCCAAGGUGCUCUCGUCAGUGGAAAUAACAUGUUAAGUUAGUGCCUCCUGACUUGAGUUUUUCUAGCAUGGAUGGAAGUUGGUUGGUUACAUAUGUAUUUAAUUUUUGUAUCAUUAAAGCAGCUGCCCAUCUAAAGAGUGGAGUCCAGAUCAAAAGCCUUUUGUUAAUCAUAUCACAGGCUAUACAGUGGGUGCCUAAUACAAGAUGCUGUGAUUACUGCGAUUGUAUCAUAUAGUAGUGCAUUGUUGCAGUACAGCUGAUUUUGGAAGUGUUCAUUUACUAAGAAAUAUUCAGAUUGUCCAUGAAAAGUUCCAUAACAAUUUCAUUAUCAUCUUAAUGGCACUUUGUGUCAUGAAUAUUUGUGGGUUACAGUCUCUAGUUGUAUGUACAAGUGACUUAAAUGUAAUUUCACAAGGUACUGUCUUAUUUUUAACACACACACGCACAUAUCCGUACCUUACAAUUUAAGGCAGUAGAAGUGUUUUAAGGAGACGUAUUAUUUUUUUUUAUAAUAGCAGCACAAAUAAGACACUUGAAGACCUGACCAACAGUGAAGUAGCUGUUUACUAAGAUACUACAGUGCCUCUAAUUAUCUCCAAUUUUCUUGUUUUUUGGGAGAAGAUUUUUAUUGGUGCUGUUAAACCUAAAAUGUUUUUCAGAUUCAGAAACUGAGUGGAAUUUGUAAGUAGACUUGAAGGUUGUGAUGUAAAGGCAUAACUUGAAGUGUUUCUUUAUUAAGAUGUAAUGAAUGUCACUGUUAAGCAAUUAAAAUGCACAUUUGCUGUGCUUGCAUAUAGUGGAUGAUUCUGAAAGAACAUCCGCUGAAUGCCUUAUAACAAGGGUUGCUGUUUGUGUCGUGCCAGUUACCAGCCUAGUGUAAAUUAUAAUGUAAUUGCCAUCAUCAUUAAUGAGGCUGUUUGAAGCCUCAAUGAGGUAGUAGUGUGUAUAACUGAAUAACGUGACAUACAGCAUUUUUACUUCUCUUUAUGGUACAGAUUGAGGUCCUUGCUGUGCACAUCUUUUCAGGAAGGCCAUGAAGGAAUAAGGAUAUUACCACAACUUUGAACAAAUGUUUUUUCUUUGUCAUUUCCCUUGGUGGUAAACAGAUUUUAUGUAUGUAGAACUUAUCUCCGGUCUUAUUCUGUAUCUGUAUAGACGGUUUUGUUAGUAAAUUUCUUAUAAGCUAGACCUAAUCUACACGGUCUGUAUCA